AGUAGUAGUAGUAGUAGUAGUAGUAGUAGUAGUAGUAGUAGUAGUAGUAGUAGUAGUAGUAGUAGUUAUAGUAGUAGUAGUAGUAGUAGUAGUAGUAGUAGUAGUAGUAGUAGUAGUAGUAGUAGUAGUAGUAGUAGUAGUAGUAGUAGUAGUAGUAGUAGUAGUAGUAGUAGUAGUAGUAGUAGUAGUAGUAGUAGUAGUAGUAGUAGUAGUAGUAGUAGUAGUAGUAGUAGUAGUAGUAGUAGUAGUAGUAGUAGUAGUAGUAGUAGUAGUAGUAGUAGUAGUAGUAGUAGUAGUAGUAGUAGUAGUAGUAGUAGUAGUAGUAGUAGUAGUAGUAGUAGUAGUAGUAGUAGUAGUAGUAGUAGUAGUAGUAGUAGUAGUAGUAGUAGUAGUAGUAGUAGUAGUAGUAGUAGUAGUAGUAGUAGUAGUAGUAGUAGUAGUAGUAGUAGUAGUAGUAGUAGUAGUAGUAGUAGUAGUAGUAGUAGUAGUAGUAGUAGUAGUAGUAGUAGUAGUAGUAGUAGUAGUAGUAGUAGUAGUAGUAGUAGUAGUAGUAGUAGUAGUAGUAGUAGUAGUAGUAGUAGUAGUAGUAGUAGUAGUAGUAGUAGUAGUAGUAGUAGUAGUAGUAGUAGUAGUAGUAGUAGUAGUAGUAGUAGUAGUAGUAGUAGUAGUAGUAGUAGUAGUAGUAGUAGUAGUAGUAGUAGUAGUAGUAGUAGUAGUAGUAGUAGUAGUAGUAGUAGUAGUAGUAGUAGUAGUAGUAGUAGUAGUAGUAGUAGUAGUAGUAGUAGUAGUAGUAGUAGUAGUAGUAGUAGUAGUAGUAGUAGUAGUAGUAGUAGUAGUAGUAGUAGUAGUAGUAGUAGUAGUAGUAGUAGUAGUAGUAGUAGUAGUAGUAGUAGUAGUAGUAGUAGUAGUAGUAGUAGUAGUAGUAGUAGUAGUAGUAGUAGUAGUAGUAGUAGUAGUAGUAGUAGUAGUAGUAGUAGUAGUAGUAGUAGUAGUAGUAGUAGUAGUAGUAGUAGUAGUAGUAGUAGUAGUAGUAGUAGUAGGUAUAGUAGUAGUAGUAGUAGUAGUAGUAGUAGUAGUAGUAGUAGUAGUAGUAGUAGUAGUAGUAGUAGUAGUAGUAUUAGUAGUAGUAGUAGUAGUAGUAGUAGUAGUAGUAGUAGUAGUAGUAGUAGUAGUAGUAGUAUAGUAGUAGUAGUAGUAGUAGUAGUUAGUAGUAGUAGUAGUAGUAGUAGUAGUAGUAGUAGUAGUAGUAGUAUAGUAGUAGUAGUAGUUAGUAGUAGUAGUAGUAGUAGUAGUAGUAGUAGUAGUAGUAGUAGUAGUAGU